AUGACACGUAUUGUAUGUAUAAGUGAUACUCAUUCACGUUAUCAAUUUGAACUUCCAGCUGGUGAUAUACUUGUUCAUGCGGGUGAUUUUACUUUAUCAGGUCUACAAACUGAAGUCGAAAAUUUUAUAAAAUGGCUUAAAUCUUUAACACAAUAUCGUUUAAAAAUAAUUAUUGCCGGUAAUCAUGAUUUAACUCUUGAACCGGAAUUUUAUGAACAAACAUGGAAACAAUGGCAUCAUAGAGAAAAACAAGAUUAUGAAAAAAUUGGACAAUUAAUACGUGAUCCAUCGUUAGCAACUGAUUAUGGAAUUAUUUAUUUAGAACAACAAGAAUUUAUUGAUCAACAAACAGGAUUAAAAUUUUAUGGAAGGUAA